UCUCCCCGUGCACGCGCGAAAAUGGGCAACUGUAUCGUGCCUUACUGCGAUGGGCCCAAAAGCACCAACAUCCGAUUUACUCUGCCGGCUGUGUGCUUCGUGUGGCAGAGCGCCAUGAUCAUCCUCUUCGGGGUGUUCGUGCGCUAUGAUGAAGAAUCAGACGCUCACUGGGUAGAAAUACGAAGGAAUAAAUCUGACAUUGAGAAUGAUUUCUACUAUAGAUAUCCAAGUUUUCAGGAUGUCCACGUUAUGAUUUUUGUGGGCUUUGGAUUCCUCAUGACAUUUAUGAAGCGCUAUGGUUUUGGUGCUGUUGGUUUCAACUUCCUCAUUGCUGCAUUUGGGAUUCAGUGGGCAUUGUUAAUGCAAGGCUGGUUCCACUCUCUAGACUCUGAUGGCCUUAUCAAAAUUGGCGUCGAAAACAUAAUCAAUGCAGACUUUUGUGUGGCUGGCUGUUUGAUUGCUUAUGGAGCAGUUUUAGGGAAAGUCAGUCCUGUGCAGCUCAUGGUGCUGACCCUGUUUGGCAUUACCCUGUUUGCUGUAGAGGAAUUUAUCAUAAUUAGCCUCCUUCAUGCCAGAGAUGCUGGAGGUUCUAUGGUGAUCCACACCUUUGGAGCCUAUUAUGGACUAGCCAUCUCAUGGGUCCUCUAUCGGCCAAACUUGAAGGAUAGUAGUCAUCUGAAUGGCUCAGUCUAUCACUCUGAUUUGUUUGCCAUGAUUGGAACUUUGUUUCUGUGGAUGUUCUGGCCCAGUUUUAAUUCUGCCAUUUGUGACCAUGGAGAUGGUCAGCAUAGAGCAGCCAUUAACACCUACCUGUCUCUGGCUGCCACUGUCCUCACCACCUUUGCCAUCUCCAGCCUGUUUCAGAAGCAUGGAAAACUGGACAUGGUGCACAUCCAGAAUUCCACCCUGGCUGGUGGUGUUGCUGUAGGAACGGCUGCUGAGUUCAUGCUAAUGCCAUAUGGCUCUCUGAUAGUAGGAUUUUGCUGUGGUCUCAUCUCCACACUGGGCUACAUUUACAUAUCACCCUAUAUGGAGAAAAAGUUAAAGAUCCAGGACACAUGUGGUAUCCAUAACCUGCAUGCAAUGCCUGGUGUCAUAGGGGGAAUUGUGGGAGCCAUCACAGCUGCUGCUGCUUCUGAACCUGUAUAUGGCAAAGAGGGGUUGGUAAACACAUUUGAUUUUGAGGGGUCAUUCAAAAACAGGUCUCCAGCUGUCCAAGGUGGCUACCAGGCAGCUGCAAUGUGUGUCGCUGUGUGCUUUGGUAUAGGAGGUGGAAUACUUGUGGGUCUGAUCCUGAGGAUGCCUAUCUGGGGGUCUGUGGCAGAUGAUAACUGCUUUGACGACAAGGUCUACUGGGAGGUGCCUGAGGAGGAGGAGGAACCUGACCCACCUGUUCUAGAAUAUAACAAUCACAUGGCAACCAACAAGAAUGCAGAUGUGACGGAAACACGCUUCACUGUGGAACAACAACAGAGCUAAUCCUGGAAGACCAACGUGCUGUCAGCCUUGACUCUGCGAAUCCCGUGACCACGCUUUCUUUCUCCAAAUAGCAUUACAGGCGGAUCUUUAUUAUAUAAAGCUAAACUUUAUAUAAUUAUAGGUGGAUCUUUAUUAUAUAAUGUUAUAAUGACCAUUUAUUAUACUGACCAUAGAUUAUAAGAUGUGUGUGUACAGUAAAUCACUUGUUCUGUUCAUAUGUUUUUAUUGCACAUCACACCCAGAUUUUCCCAUCAAACACUGAAGUGCAGCAGUGUUGGAAAGGAAAGUGUUUUCAAAUGUUACACAGAGGAGGGUCACAGCCAAAGGGAAUAGGUGCCCUUUUUCAGUAUUUCAUUCUGACUUUCCUUCUUACUAACCACUUUUUAAGAGGGAAAUUGCAAAUGCUUGUACUGACUUACAUACUGUCUCUACGGUUUUCAUGGUAUUGAUUUUUAAGGGUUUGAAUCUGAUUAUGUCCUUUUAGUGUUUAGCAGGUGGUGAGACAUUUCGCAUUCAUGUAUAGUAAACAGUAGCCAUGGAUAUGUUGAUUUCAGAAUGCAUUUAGAGUUACAAAACCAGAAAAGCUACCUAUUGUACUUUGGAUUGUUUGACCUAGCUGAACUCUCAUUCAAACUUUGAAAUGAUAGUUUAGAAGAGAUUCAGUAGAUGAAUAAGUAACAGAUUUUUUUAAAAAAUAUAUAGUUUAGCUUUAUAUACCUGCUCAAGUGAGAGCAAGAUAGAAAAUAUGACAUUACAUUAUUCCAAAUAUUAUCUGAAUGCUAGAAAUUGAUGUGAUUACAACACCAUGAAUUUCAAUACAUUUUCAUUCCCUAUUUAAAUUUAUAUUUACAGUAUAUCUUCCAUAUAGUUUUAAUAUAAGUUAAUAAAUAAUCAUUUUAAUUCUAACUUUAAUGCAUAAUCAGUUUAUGAGUAUAUUAUUCGCAUUCUAAUCAUUAAACUGAUUUCAGUUUAAUAUUGCAAAUUUUAAAAUCCAUUUCUCUAACCUUGUAGAGAAAUAUUCUUUCUUGCCUUGUAUGAGAUUCCAUCUUUUUUUUUUUUUUUUUUACAACAAAGUACCGUUUGUUUCUGCCUUCACUCAUCCACAUGGUUUUGUAAAUAAAAGCUCUUAUUGAAAUUUUGUGAUAAUGUCAAUUUGUAUGUGCCAUUAUAUUUAACUUUGUGAAUGUGAAUAAAAUGCAUCGAUUUCA